AUGGCCAAUGCUGGAGCAGCCUUUGGGUUGGAAGACGUGCCGGAUUUGGAACAGCCAAGUACAACCGGGAUUACCAUGACUCUUCGUCAAAUUCAUGAGCUGGCUGCACAAGAGGACUACACCAAGGCGGCUCGCUUCAAACCUAGUGCUUUGGCCGGCAUCCAACCACACCCGUUGCACUACUUGAAAUGGCACAAGAAGGCUAUUUCCUUUUACAUGCCCAUCAAAGUGCCACAUGGAAUGGAACUCCGGCAAUCCAACCAAGUCCGAUCUGUGAACGAAGUGGUCAAGGAAGUCAAGAAGGCGGAGACUCAACACCGCGGAAGAAGUCCUGUUGAGUAUCGCAAGGUGGUCCUGAACUCUACGGCAAAGGGGCUUUGA